GAUUUCAACUCCAAGACACAGAAGCAUCAAACGUGGCUAUUUUGCAAAAAUCACGCGGAGAUUUCAAAGAUAUCACACUUUACUAUGUCAGUUCCCCCUGGCCUUAGCCUAGGACCAAUAUCGGUCCUAUCGUCAAAGAAUAACGACAAGGAGAUAUUCUACCGUGCCAAAUUCAACUCGGCAGCGUACUAUAUGGAACUUCCCGGGAAGAUAUCAUUCCCAGAUCCGCCGCGUCCCCCAACUCCAGGGCCGCCUCGGCCACCCCCAAUCCCUCCCCGUCCACCGGUACCGACACCGCCACCCAGUCCACAUUCUUCAGUAGAGAAGGAGUGGCUACAGAGACUCGUGGCAGAGAAUAUCUCUAUCCUUGCCGUUCGGAUGAUGAAUGUCUGGUUCGCCGCACGCGAGCCGGUUUCAUUUCCCCACCCCCCUCGCCCACCUACUCCAGGCCCUAGACCAGGACCGAUCCGCCCCCAGCCUGAUGUGCCUACGCCACCGCCUAGUCCACGCAGGUCCGUAGGGAGCGUAGACUAUGAAGUAGUGGGCCAGGAAAAAGACAAUCUCGAAACCGGUGGUCUUGACAUGAUUCUAUCGAGACGGCUAUUCUAUGAAUAUCUGGCCCGCAAGCUCGAUAUCUUAUACACACCAGAAACCCCAGCAUGUGACCCCUGCGAAGGGAAAGGUAUGAAUACGCUGAAAACAAAAUACGAAGAUAAGCUUACCCAUGAUCCAGAUCGGGAUGAAACGAGACUGCAUACUCUCAUAUAUGUCCCAACGAGCGUAUCAAGUCCCCACAUGUCUCAUCUCAAUUCCUACAGAGAGAGCGGGCCGGAUUCUCCAAUCCAAGCACUACGCGCCAGGACCGGAACUGUUAGGCACUUCCCAAACCCUUCCAGCCUGUCAGGUAUAGGAGAGCCUGGAAGGACUUCCAAUGAUUUGGCUGUCACCAUUCAUGGCUCACCUGCAGUUUCGGGCAUAUACUCUCGGCCGACGUCAUCAAUGAUAACGGCCGUAUAAGCACGCUUCGCUUCACCACCAGCCUCGCAAGCCUAGCCGGCGGAUACUUGACCAACGUCGUCGACAGGGCUUCUUCGACACAUGCAAUUUAGCAUGCAGCAGUGCAACGCUGACGCGCAGGUUGCACGGCAUAGGGCAGUGUCCCUAGGGCUGGUAUCUUGCGAAUUACGAUUCGACGAUUUAAUCUUUCUUUAUACCUUUCCUCCCCCCUCUCCCCUCUCCCCUCUCCCCUCUAUUAGAUUCCAUGG